ACCACAGCGGAUGGGAGGAAAAGUUGAAGGAAAACCAAAUCGUUAAAACACAAGUCGACGCUUCGCAGCCACCAAUCGGUGUGGCGUUAGCGAGCUUCGGCACGUUUAGAACAAGAACAUUCGUACCCGAAGCAGCACCGGAGGUGGACGGUUUUUAGUUUGUAUCCUUGGUCGGUUCGCCUAGCGGAACAGUUCUACCCAACGGUGUUGGUUGGUGUGUGUAUGCAUCAUUAGCUAGCUGCACUGAUAAGCUGAAGUGAAAAUAAUAAUUGUAAUCGGUUCUGCAAAAAGGCUUUGCUAGCGAAAAAUACUUCCGGAUAAGGAUUCCGUGGUAAUUAAAAAGAUUCGGAGUGUUUGUACGUCGUGCGUAGGAAGAGGACCAGAGCGUUCAAACUGAGUGUCCUUCGAGAAAAGUAUGAUGCAAAACGCGUGAACAGGACCUGAAGCUAGGUGAAAAUUCAUGCUCGGAAGCUCCGGUUGUUGCAGGAAGUCGGUAUUAAAGCAUCGAAAAACACUGAUAUAAAUUUGCAUCAACUAUGACCGGAGUGAGGGUAACUGAGAGUGUUUAAGAAGUCUUCAAUUAUCGUGCAAAACUCGAUCCCAAAGUGUCAAUUUCAAUCAUCAAUCUACCUGUAUGCGUCCGAACGUUGUUUACGAUCAUUAUCGCUGGAAAAAGAAGAUAGACCAAGCAAUGGAACGAAGUGCGGACGGCAACAACGCCGGCGGCGGCAAUAAGAUACCGGUGCUCACCGGUGGGGCCGCAACGGGCACAUCGGGCACGACGACGGCUGCGGCAUCCAACUCACCACCACGGUCCGCUGGAGGCAUUAUGACAACACCGACGAGGCGACCAAACAAAAGGAAGAGUUCCUCAGUCAAUCUUCAGGCAGGAAGCCCCGCGGCUCGGAAGCGCCGCAAGCUGCAGCAGGCCCAGCUGAAGGCCGGCGGUGACCCAUCGGCCGAGCAGGCUCCCCAGACAAAGAACACCGUCGCGGUACUGAACGAACUCAAGCGCAACCUGGUGUACAAUCUGGAGUCUCAGACGGGGCCGGUGCACGCCCCCCUGUUCACCAUGUCCGUCGUGGUCGACGGACAAAAGUUCAUCGGACAUGGUCGCAGCAAAAAGCUUGCCCGCAUCGAGGCAGCUGCGGCAGCGCUGCGUAGCUUCAUCCAGUUCAAAGACGGUGCGACGCUGACACCGAUAAAGCCACUGCAGAAUGUGGAUUUUACCAGCGACGACCCGAUGAUCGAAAACAGUAUUUUCCCUAUGUCGGAUACCCCGGCGCUGCCGGAAGCGAUCGUAACAUCCCCGUCGAUGAUUACAGCGAACAAAUCCGGCAGUAAGGGGGCAUCCGAGAAGGCUUACAUUCCACGAAGUUUGGAUUCCAAGGAGCGACAUAAUGGUCCCAACCACAACAACAACAAUAAUAAUACCAACAACAACAUCAUCAACAACAAUGUGCACUCAACAAACAACAGUAAUUCCCCUUAUCAGUCCAAGCCAAAUUCAAUUUUCAGCAAUCAUAAUAACACAAUCACGAGUUACAAUCACCAAACAGCCGCUAGUCAUAAUAGCUAUACCAGUAACACUAGUUUUAACAAAAACAAUAACCACAUCAGCAGCCACACGUUUUCCGGUUAUCCUCUAUCCAAUCCUGGACCCUCCACUAACACACUCCACCAGGCACACUAUAAUAAGUUCCAACCCCCUGUUCACAACCAACACCAGUACUAUCACAGCCAUUACACAAACCAUCAGCAACAACAGCUACAGAAACCACAACACCACACUCACAACCAGGUGGUGGUGCAGCAUCAGCAAUCGUUAGCGCAAUCAAAUCACCAUAGCAAGAUCGGUAGCAGCGUGAAUGCCUUCGCCGCGGCCAUUGCAGCGGUUGCCUCUAACUCCAACUCCUCCAACACAACCAUCACCACGAAUCAUAGCAGUAAUAUUGCCAAUAGUAAUAAUAAUUAUACUACUAAUACUACUAAUAAUACCAAUCGUAAUCGCAAACCCCGUACGGAUAAUGAUAUUAAUACUGAAUCAUUUAAUGCUCUACCAACAACAACAACCACACUAACACCAAUACCCACACAUCUACCACCACAACCACUAACACAACACUUAUCACCACUACCACAAUCACCAGUUCUAGCUGCUGCUGCUGCUGCUGCUACAACCACUUCUAGCCAAAAAAGUAGCAUUGCCACUAGCCUCAACAACAACAACAACAAAAACAGCAACAUUAAAAACAGCAGAAACACGCUCAACAACAACAGCAGUAACAACAACCCGACUAAUAGCGGCGGUUCUGCGGCGACGGCGGCGACUACGACGACGAGUUCGACAGCGCCGGCGGCGGCAGCGAUCAAUAUCGCCUCAAACGCCGCGCAUAACGACCAUCGGCAAGUGGUUGCGAAAAUUCAGCAAAGUUUAGAUCUAUUUAAAAAUACCAAUGAAAAGAAUGUAGCAUGGAAGAAGCGAUUAGAAAUUACACAACAAUUGUGUUCCAAAUCAACCAUUUCGGGGAAGCAGCUCAAGGCUUCGGCAGCGAACGCCUCGCGGAACGUGUCCCCCGGUCAGCCACCGAAGCCCCAGCCCGAGAAGGGCCCGGUGAUGUUGCUGCACGAGCUGUUCACCGAUGCCCACUUCGAGUGCGUCUCGACGGAGGGCCUGCAGCACUCCAAGUUUACCGUCGUUGUCACCGUGGACAGCCAGCGGUUCGAGGGAACCGGACCGUCGAAGAAGAUGGCGAAGAAUGCGGCCGCCAAGGCGGCACUCGCCUCGAUGUGCAACAUCUCGUUCAGCCCGCUGCAGCAGGCCAAGUUUGGGGCACUGAAUUCGAACUCGAGCGGUGGCGGCGGCGGCAUGGGCGGCGCCGGGUCCGGUCUUGGCGUUAAUGGGGACGCCACCGGAUGCUACGAUCCGAAGAACGUCGAGCUGCCCCAAACGUUCGCCGAUUCGAUUGGCAAGUUAGUCAUCGAAAAGUUCAACGAAGUGAUGAAGGGUAACGACGUGUAUUCGAGGAGGAAGGUGCUGGCAGGAAUAGUGAUGACGCAAGCCUACGACGUUCGGACUGCUAAGGUCAUCUCUCUGGCAACUGGUACCAAGUGUGUGAGCGGGGAGCACAUGAGCGUCACCGGCACGGUAAUUAACGACUCACACGCGGAGAUCAUCGCCCGUCGCGGUUUGCUGGACUACUUUUAUGCUCAGUUGGAUUUACACUGUCGAAGCCAGUCGUCGAACACAAACGUUGCUGCUUCUAACAACAAUUCGGCAACGGCUCAAUACAAUGGAAAGGGUGGCAAUAACAACAACACCAACAGUCUCGGAGGAAUCGAGCAACCGGAACAGGAAUCAAGCAUUUUCGUGCGACCCGCCGAUGGAUCGACACUGUACCGUCUGAAGGAUGGCAUUAACUUUCAUCUGUACAUCAAUACGGCCCCCUGUGGGGAUGCUCGUGUUUUUAGCCCACACGAGAAUGAUAACAUGGAUGUAGACAAACAUCCGAAUCGGAAAGCCCGCGGCCAGCUGCGCACCAAGGUGGAAUCGGGCGAAGGGACGAUACCGGUCAAGAGCAGCGAGGGCAUUCAGACGUGGGAUGGUGUCCUGCAGGGGCAGCGUCUAUUGACGAUGUCCUGCUCGGACAAAAUAUCACGCUGGAACGUACUCGGCUUGCAAGGAUCGCUGCUCGCGUCCGUGAUCGAGCCAAUCUAUCUGCACUCGAUCGUGCUGGGCAGCUUGUUGCAUCCGGCGCACAUGUACCGCGCUAUCUGUGGUCGCGUGGAGAACUCGAUUCAAGGUCUGCCGCCGCCGUACCGUUUGAACAAACCGAAGCUGGCACUGAUGACAUCGGCGGAGUCCCGCAACCAAACAAAGCCCCCCAAUUUCAGCAUCAAUUGGGUGAUUGGCUGCAGUGAGGUCGAGAUCGUCAACUCGUUCACCGGCAAGCUGAUCAACAACAACACAAACACCAACAAAAUGUCCCGGCUGUCGAAACAAUCCUUCUAUCGGCGGUUCGCGGCCGCUAUCGAACGACUUCCGCAUGCGCGCUUCCGCGAGGUCAAACCGACGUACUUCGAGACGAAGAUGUGCGUUCCGGAGUACCAGCAGGCGAAGAAGGAGCUCUUUGCGGCCUUCAGCAAAGAGGACCUGGGCGAUUGGUUGAAGAAACCAAUCGAGCAGGAUCAGUUCACGUUGAUUCCUCCCAAGCCCGAGGAACUGAUGAGCGCGAGCUCCGGUAACACUGGCAGCAGUAAUAGUAGCAGCAGCAGCAACAACGGAACCGGAAGCAACGCGAAUGGAACUACAUCGGGUACUAAAUGAUAUCAGGGGAAGCACUCCGGUGGUAAGCAUCAUCCGAGUAGUUCCAACAAUGGUUCAUCGGCCAGUGCGAGGCUGUUCUGAGGGAGCUAAUGCCAUGUUAAGCCCAAAGUGAAAAGGAGGCACACUGAGUUGCGUUUAAAAAGUAUACUUAUCAAAGAAUGCGAUAAGCGAUAAGAUGAUUAGAGUAGAAUACUUCGCAGUCCAUGCGUGUGUGGUGUUUAUUUUGUUACUAUAAAUUUAGGAUUUCUGGUAGAGGACGAACGAUACGCAUUUCUCCAACUUGGCGGAAAUGUUUCACACGUAUCGCGAUUACUAGAGUUAGCGUUUUAACCUUUCUAAUGACAUCCACAAAUCUGUGAAUAAACUUUUAAAUUAGAACAAGUAUUAUCGCCAGAAACUUCAAACUGCAAUGGUUGUAAGUGUUUGGUAGUGUUUUCAUCAGAUGUUAAAAUGGAAAUCAAUGAAAAACGGAAGCAAACAUUCCAAACACCUACAAGCAAUAAUGCAAAAUUUCGAUCGUACGCGCAGAAUGCUCAGAGAGCCGGAAACAGUUUUCAUCCUGCAAAUUAAAUAAUGAAAAAAAAGCUAAACAAAAAACAUCGAGCAACUAGUUUAUUAUUACAUAUAUGACACAGAUCUUACGAAAGUCUGAUUCAAAUUUAUCACACAUUAUUACCUUUAACGCUAGGAAUGAAAAUCUAUACAUAUACGCAUAACGGAAGCAUUCACAAAAAAAAAGAAAAACUAAAUUGAGUGAUAUUUUGAGUAAAGAUAAUAUUUCAGUAAUUAUUCAAAUUUAAGCCCCCCACACGCACCAGCGAUCAGUGUGUGUGUGUGCGUGCGUGCAAUGAUACGAUUGCAGUUGCGAAAUCUUCACUCACGAAAACAAGUAAAAGCCGUGAGAGUGAUACAGAAUCGAGAAUUCCAGCAAAAUCGACUGAAACACAUAGACAGCAAGAGAAGAAAAAAAAACAAAAAAAAAAGGAUGAACUUGAGUGUUGUUGGUUGUGAUGAUUUUUUUUUGUUGUUGUUUAGAUGUUAGAUAGGAGGGGACGGCGCCAAUGGGAUGGUUUUCAUUGCAGGAAAAAGUUUGUUCAACGUUUGCCCGAAUGUAACAUUUACCCAGAUGACGAAUGAGGAAAAAACAAGUCACAUGCAACGGAAAAAAAAAGUCACAAGUGGGUUGUGUCCGUGACACGACCGCAUAGUUGACGUAGGAUUCCGUUAGGCUAUCUGUUGAUUUUGGAUAUUUUUUGAAGAAUUACAUCGUUAAACUCUUUGAUAAUGGUUUGGUGACUCUGAAAAGGUGCUCUCUUUUCCAAUUUUUCUCGCCGUAUAAACUUUCCUUGGGUGAAAAUGAACACAACAAAACAGACAGCUUAAAACAAACGACCCGUUCUUGAGCGGAAACACACCUUGGUUUUUAUUUAUGAAAAUUGAAAUAAAUCAUUUCAUAUAUCAAGUCAUUUCUAACACAACUGCUGCCAUAUACAAUUUUACAAUUACACUUGUGCUAAAUUUCAUGAAGCAACCAACAUUAAAGUUCCAAAUCUAAAUUUUAUUUGCUAGAAUUAAUCAUAUCACUCACCGUACUUGCAAUAUAAAAAUGCCCCGCCCGACUUGCAUAUAUUUGCAAUGCCGAUUUCCCCCAGGCAGCUUGGUUUUGAUGUCUCUGUUAGGGAGCCAUCGCAUGUGUCGUCAAUUUCGAUCAAUCAGAAGAUAGAUAGGGGUUGAGAUUUUUCAAUUGUUCGAUAGUUGGUUCUAUGACAUAUACACCCCUAUUCUGUACUUCGAUCUGAAUGAAAUGGAUUUCGAUUUGAAUGAAAUGGAAAUCCGUCGGAGUACAGGAUAGGACUGAUAUUAUUUUCUUGAAUAUAAAAAAUUGUCAUGGAGUGCCGAAAUAGAUUGACUCAAAAAUUUCAUCAAUCCAUCAUAAAAUGGUUAUGCAAUAAGUUUCUGAAAUUAGACAAUUUUCACGAUGUGCUCGAUUUUCGAUUUUCAAUUUGUAUCCUAAUACACAAUAGGACCUGAAAUACGUAAUCCUACGUCAAAAAAAAAAAAUAUAAAAAGACGAAAUUUAAAAAGAAUUUUAAUUUUAUUAAAAAAAUUAAGAUUCAAAAAUUGAUGAAUAAUUAAAAUACAUUUGUUUGAUUUUGGCAUCACGAUUCCCUGAGGCCGAAUUUCAAAAUCCUGAAUUCUCGAAUGGCACGAUUCAAUUUUGACCCUGUGUCAUAAUAAUUGACUGCUACCAAUAGUUCAUUUGAAAGAAUACUUAAAUGAAUAGACAAAUUGAAAAAUGGCAAAAAAAAGAAAAGUAGGAAAUCGUGUAAUUGUAAAAUUGAAACAAAUGGAAACUUGACAAAUUGAAAAUUAAAUUGAAUUAAACAUUGAAUCUACAAAAAUGAAAGGAAAUAACAUAAAUAUUUGGACAUCAAAUUGAGUUCGAAUUUGAAUUGAAUUAAAAAUUGGAAAACAAUUCAAAAACAAAAACCAUAAAAAAUAACAAGACUAUAUUAAAUUUGAAUUGAAUAAAUAAAAAUUUCAAAACAAAUUGAAUUCGAAUUUGGAUUGAAUUUAGAAUUGAAAGUUGAUUAAAGAAUUAGGAAAAGGAAAAUUUGACAAAAAAAACUUGAAAAAAAAUGUUAAAUUGAAAUCGAAUUUAAACUAAAUAAAAUUUAAAAUCAAUUGAAAACAAAAAAGAAAAUUAAAUUGAUUUUGAAUUGAAAAAUUGAAAAUUAUGAAAACAUGAAAAAUUUAAUUUUAUUUAAACAUUGAAAAGUUGAAAAAUAAAACAUGAAUUCAAAUUGAAAACAAAAGGAAAAUUUGACAUAAAAAACUUGAAAAACAAAAUAUUAAAUUGAUAUCGAAUUUAAACCAAAUAAAAUUUAAAAUCAAUUUAAAACAAAAAAGAAAAUUAAAUUGAAUUUGAAUUUGAAAAAUUAAAAAUUAUAAAAACACAAUUUUUAUUUAAAAAUUAAAAUAGAAAAGAACAAACACUUCGAAAAAAAUUAUUGUAAAAUUGAAAAAUUUAAACUUGAAAAUAAAAUUAAUUUUGAAUUAAACUAAAACAACUGAUAAAAAUAAAUUUAAAAAAAUUAAAAUGGAGAAUCAAAUUGAAUUUUAUUUAAACAUCGAAAAUUAGUUUAAAAAUAUACAUUGUCUGGGCUUUGUGUCUCGGCUUUUGUUUUGAUUUGGUUGUACAGUAAUUUACAUCUACAUCGACAUUAGGCUAAUUGAACAGAUCUGUGAUGCAACACGUUUAAUUAGACAUUUUUACCUCUAGUUGGACAUUUUUGUAAACAUUGAGUUCGGGGCCCAAAUUAUGGCCCCACAUUGAAAGUCGCCACCAGUCGCAAAUGUCCAAUUACUGGUCACAACCGACUUCAAUGCGACACUGAGUGGUGCCUCAGCAUAUCGCUUUAUAAGUAACUUACUGUACUUUUUAUGCGAACAUAUCUCUUAGCUCCAAAUUUCGGAGUGAAAAUUAUUCGCGACUAGUUGAAAGAAUUAUUCUAUUUAUUAUUAUUAUUGCAUAAGUGUCAGACUACGGGGUUUAAGCAUAUAAAUAAUUGAAUUCAAUGAUUCUCAUUGAAUUUUUCAAAAUUUAGAACUGAUUCUAGGCAUGCUGAUUUGAAAGAGGGCAUUGCAUUCGUUUGGCAUUUGACGUGACGCUGCUGGUGGAAGCAUUGACUGCAUGUGUGAAUUGGUGGAGACGUUGACGGAACGUAGACGUUCUUCUCCGUAACGUGCUAUGUGAAUCGCACAUUAAUCGGUACCAAAGAAUCGAUCUUUGCUGAUUCGAUCUUCGGAAAAUCGAAUGCCUUUUUCUCCAAUUUAUUUACUUGUUCUAUAUAAGUGUUGUGUUUUCUUAACAUUCCACAUUUCUAUUCAUGCAUCAAAGGCAUUUCAUUUUGAUUCUCAGUCACAAAAAAACUUGAAAGCCCAGAGCAAAAAAAAAUGUAAUUUUGCAGGGCACUCAUCUUGAGCCGUCAUGGAAUUAUUUAAUUAAAUAAAUUAAUUGAAAAUUAUUCGAAAUUCAACAACUGAUAUUCAUACAGAACUACGCUGACAAAAAUCUCGUUUAAUCCAACCGUGUCAUUAAACGUGUGUGUCAUUUAGUCCAAAUAAACAAUUUUUGGCCAUCGGCCUAGUAAAUGUGAUGGUGUAAAUAUAAUUAGUGAUCAUUUGUUUUGCUUGUUUUUUUACGAAUAAGAUUGGACAGAUCGAAAAGAAAAGAUCGAUUCUCGCGAUUUUUUGGAAUAGGAAAAAUCGAUCCGAAAUCGGAGAGGAAAAGAUUGAUCUUCUAAAUAUCAAUCCAAGAUCGCCCAAUCCUAUUCACCAUCACUAUUUGACAUCCUCGAAAGCUAUCCAAAUGUUAACAUUGGGCCUGAUCAAGAGCGUCACAUCACGGUGAAAAUGAAAUGAAAUGCAUAUAACCUUGCAUACAAAUCAUUUCAUUUUCACCGUGAAGUGACGUUCGUGAUCAAGCCGAUUAUGUUUAUGAAAUUUGUCAGGUAGAGUGAGAUUGAAAUCAAUGUACACUGAAAAAAAAGAUCGAAAACUUCGAAAGAUCGAUCUUCACGAUUUUUUCGGGUUCAAUGAAUCGAUUCAAAAAUCGAAAAUCAAAAUGGAAAAGAUCGAUCUUCUGAAAAUCGAACCAAGAUCGCCCACUCCUACUGUGAACCCCUCACCAAUUCCGUUUCUAUCUCUAUCAUUCCGUACUUCGCUCAGCUGGCAAAGAUAUAUUAGUACUCAAAAUAGUCUCUUGAUGAGAUCUAACAAAUACGUAUAAUGUGAACCAGCGAAAUGGUGCGGUGUCUUUGGUUUGGUGAAUAUAUUCUACCCCAUUUCGUGGUCAAAAAUUCCGUAUUGGCCGAUGUUUUACUCAUCAAGAGUUCGGUCGUAAUCCAUCCAAAUUAUUAUUCUAGCAUCGUUUCUCGCUAGGCUUCAUUUAGAUCGAUAGCAAAAGAGAAGCAGCAGGAGCGCAGUGCUUUGGCUGGCAGCGAGAAUAUGCUCCAUUCACAGCACAAUCAUGACCAAGUGGAUCUCCAAGGUUGGCACCCGCUUAUAUACAGAUUUUUGUGAUUCCAAUUUCAAAGCAGUUUUCAAAGAAUUGAAAUAAGUUUUUGGAUCAAUAAGUGAAAAUCAUAACUCGUAGAGAUUUUAUCUUUCCAAUGAAGUGAUUAUCAUACCAUUUCGUUUAGCCGGCAAAGAGGUUUUAACGCUCAAAACCUUGUUUCUCCAAUGAAAUGCUCUCGUUUUCGAAACUUUGAAGUUACAAUCCAGUAAAGAAAUGAAAGACGUAGUUCUACGUCAAAAAAAUAUCAUAUCUUCAAGAUAACUCGUCUUGCUCAACCCUCUGUGGGGAAAGGUGGCGGGAUCAACGUCAUCAUCACCAUCAUCAACUGCUCGUGCCCCCGCGGAACUUGACAAAACUAACGAUUGUUUUUUUUCUGUUUCUUUUUCACCAUAGGUAAUUUGCGCCUUCUGUCUGCGUCGAGUACAGCAAAUGAAAACUCGAAGAAAAGGAAAAUUUGUCAAAAAAAAAACAUGAAAAACAAAAUGUUAAAUUGAAAUCGAAUUUAAACUAAAUAAAAUUCAAAAUCAAUCAAAAACAAAAGAGAGAAUUAAAUUGAAUUUGAAUUAAAAAAUAGAAAAUUAUGAAAACAUGAAAAAUUGAAUUUUUAUUUUAAAAUUAAAAAUAAAAAUAACAAAAAGUUCGAAAAAUAAACUAUUGGAAAAUUGAGAAAUUUAAACGUGAAAAUAAAAUUAAUUUUGAAUUUAAAUAAAAAAAACUGAUAAAAAAUAAAUUGAAAUAAAACUUGAAAAAUGAAAAAUCAAAUUGAAUUUUAAUUAAACAUUGAAGAUCAGUUGAAAUACAAACAUGAAUUUGAGUCGAAAACAUUGCAACAAAUGAGAACUCGAAAAAUUGAAAAUAUAAAUAGAAAAAAUUAAAAUCUCAAAAAUUCAAAUCAUCUAAAAUUAAAAAAAAACAAAUUUGAAAAACUGAGAAUUAAUUUUUGAAAUUCGAAAUUAAACAAAAUUAUAAUUUGAAAACUAGAAAGGAAGAAACUAGAAGAAAAAAAAAUGUUUAUAGAAUGAAAAAAUACGCAAAAUUAAUAGAAUUAAAUAAUUACAAAAUUGAAAAAUAGAUAAUCCUUUGAAGAAUAAAUCUUAAAAAAUUUAACUAAUAACAACUUGAAUAAUCGAAAGAAAAACAGAAAAUAAAAUCGUAUUUGAAUUAUUAUUUGUAUUAGGUAUUAAAGAAUUACCUAAAAAAACAAAAAAAAUAAAAUUUGGAAAAAAAAUUAGAAAAUUAAAGUAAAUGAAAAAAAUAUAAAAUUUACGAGUUCUAAGUUGCAUAAAUUGAAAAAAUGUUAAAAAAGUUAAAAAGUUGGAAAGUUGGAAAAUCGGAAAAUCGUAAAAAUAGAACUUGAUAAUUGAAUUUUUUUUUUAAUUCAAUUAAAAAAUUGAAUCAAUUAAUGAAACUGAUAAAGCUGCAAAAAUUUUAACAAAUCAAAAAAGUUGAUAUUGAAAAUUGAAAAUUAAAAAUUGGAAUAAAUUGGAAUAAAAAAAUCGAAAAAUUGAAAGUUUGAAAAAUUGAAAAAUAAAAAAAAUAUAAUAAAUGAAACAUUGCUAAAUUGCUAAACUUGAAUAAAUCAGAAUUACAAAAUAACAAAAUUACAAAAUUGGGAAAUUGAAAAAUUAGAAACUUGCAAAAAUAAAAAAAAAAUAAAAAUAGGAAAUUUAAAAAAUUUCUGAUGAUCGGAAAUUUGCAUAAUUUGAAAAUUGAGAAAUUGGAUGAUUUGAAAACGGAAAAAUUAGAAAAUCGAGGACUUGAAAAAUUGGAAAGUAAGUUUGAAAAUUGAAAAAUUAGAAAAAUGAAAAAUUGUUAAUUUGGAAAAUUUUAAAAUUGAACAAUUAGGAAACUGGGAUUUUCAAAAAAAAAAAAAUUGGGAAUUUGAGAACGUAAUUGAAAAAUUGGAGAAAUUGUAUUGAAAAAUUGGAGAAAUUGUAAAUAUCAGAAAAUUGUAAAAUUGUAAAAUUCGUAAAUUAAGAAAAAUUCGAAAAUCAAAAAAUGGGAAAAGUGGAAAUUUCGAAAAUGAUGGAAAAUUUAUAAAUUGUUCAACUGCAAAUUAGAUCAUUAGAAAAUCUAGAAAUGAGGAAAAUAGGAACAUGGAAAAAUUAGAAAAAUGGAAAUUUGCUAAAUUGCAAAAAAGUUUCUAAUAUUCGAAAAUUGAAAACAUGAAAAAUUGAUUUGCAAAAUUAGAAAAUUAAAAAACUAAAAAUUUCCUAAAUUCUAAGAUUAAAAAAUGAAACAGGGAAAACUGGAAAAUUUGAUAAUUGAAAAAUUAAAAUAUUUUUAAAUUUGAAAAAUGAAAAAAAUUAAAAAUAGUAAUAGGAGGAAAAUUAAAAAAUUCGAAACUUGAAAAAUUGCAGAAUUGGAAAAUUAGAAAACUAAAAAAUUUGAAAACUGAUUAAUUUGAAGGUUUAAAAAUUAGAAAGUAUGAAAAUUGGCAAAACAUUCGAAAAUUGAAAAAUUGAAAAAUUGUUAAAGUAAAAAAUUGAAAAUUGAAAACUGCAACUAAGGAAAUUGAAAAAUGGGAAAAUUAGAAAAAAAGGAAAUUGAAAAAUGGGAAAAUUAGAAAAAAAGGAAGUUGCAAAAUUGCAGAAUUAUAAAACUGCAAAACAAUAAAAUUAUAAAAAAAUUACAAAGUUAAAGAACUAGAAAAACGGAAAUUUUGAAAUUGUUGUAAAAAUUGUAAAAGUGUAAAUUUUAAAAAUAGAAAAAAAAUUAAAUUUCAAACAUUGAAAAAUAGGAAAUUUAAAAAAAAUAAAUUUUGAAAGAUCGAAAAUUUGCUUGAUUUAAUAAUUGAAAAUUGGAUAAUUUGAAAAUCGAGAAAGAUUGAAAAUAGAGAAUUUAUAAUAACAAAAUUUGAAAAUUGAAAAAUUAGAAAAGUGGAAAUUUGGAAAUUUGAAAAAAAACAAAAAGUUGGAAAAAUUAUAAAUUGAAAACUGAAAACUGCAAAUAAGAAAAUUAGAAAAUCUAGAAAUGUGGAAAAUUGGGAAAUGGGAUGAUUAGAAAAAUGAAAAAUUGCCAAAUUGCAGAAUCACAAAAUUGGAAAAUUGAAAAAUAAGAAAACUGGUAGUUUCGAAUAUUUUAAAAUUGAAAAACUAAAUAUUGGAAAAUUAAAAAAUUGAAAAAUUAGAAAACAGAAAAUUUCCGAAUUUCCAAGAUUUGAAAUUGGAAUAUCGGAAAAUUGAAAAAUCGAAAAAAUUAUAACUUACAAAAAUGAGAACUUGGAAACUGGAAAAUUAAAAAAAAUCUUAAUAAAGUACUUCAUCAAAAGUUCGUAAAUUGAAAAAUAAAAGAAAAUGGAAAAUUCGAAAAUUAGAGAAUAGAGAAAAUUGGAAAGUUGUAUAAUUAGAAAAUUUGAAAAAUGUAGAAUUGCAAAAUUGCAGAAUUUCAAAACUGCAGGAUUGGAAAAUUUGAAAUUUACAAAAUUGAAAAAUUAUUAAAUUGAAAAUUAGAAAUUUCGAAAAUUUUAAAAUUGUAAAAUUGGAAAUUUGAGAAAUUGGAGAAUUGAAAAAUUGAAUAAUUAAAAAAAAGGAAAAUUUUGAAAUUGAAGAAAAUUGAACUUUGGAAAUUUGAAAAUUAAAAAAUUGGAAAAUUGGAAACCUGUAAAGGUAGAAAAUUCAAAAAUUUGGAAAUAAAAAAAUAGGAGAAGUAAAAAAUUUUAUAAUUCGAAAAUUCAAAAAAACUGGUAAACAUUGGAACAUUAGAAUAUUGGAAAAUCGGACAAUUGAAAAAUUGGGGAAUUGGUGAAUUGAAAAAUUGAAAAGUUAGACAACUGGAAAAUUCGAAAAUGAGAAACUUGGAAAAUGAAACAUUUGAAAAUUAUAAAAAAAUUAUGAUACAUUAGAAGAUUGGAGAAUUCGACAGUACAAUUCGAAAAUUGAAAAGUUCGAAAAUUGAAAAAUUGGACUAAUGAAGAAUUGGAAAAUUGAAGAUUCGGAAAAAUGACAAAAUGCCAGAAUGAGAAAACUGGAAAUUUCGAAACUUUGGAGAAUUGUGGAAAGGGAAUUUUAUUUGAAAAAUAAUGAAAUGGGAAGGGUUGAAAAAUUUUAAAAAUUAAAGAAUUUGAAAAAAAACAAAUCAAUUUCAUAAAAUAGAUCAUAGAUUCAAUUAAUUGAAGGAAGGAAUGAAAAGAUUUCAAAAACUCAAAGUCUAAAAACUCGAAAAAAAUUUAAAAAUUAAAAACUCAAAAGAAAAUUAAAAAAGGAAAAUUUGACAAAUCUAAAAAAAGAAAAAAAAGAAGAAACUACAACACAUGAAGAAAUUUCCAAAUAUUUUUUUAAAUUUAAAAUUUAAUGGAUUCGAAGAAAGUGAAAGAAAUUAGAGAAAUAAAUAAUAAAAAAACUGUAAAAUGAAAAAGUUUAAAAAAUUAAAUAUUUAAAAAAGAUGGAGAAAUCAAAAUUAAAAAACUAAAAGAAACGUUUAACAUAAAAUUUCAUUUUUCUUCAAUUUAAAAAUUAAAGAAAUUGAACAGUUUGAAGAAACAUAAGAACUGAAUAAUGAUGGCAAAAAUUGAAAACUGGCGGAAGUGAAAAUUCAUUUAAUUGAAAAAUCUUAGAAAUUGAAGGAAUAAAUGAAGAAAUUCAAAAUGAAUAAUAGGAAGAAAGAAUGAAAAAAGUAAAAAAUUUAAAUUAAUAAAAAAAAAUAGAAAAUGUAAAAAGUUAGAAAAUAAGAACUUGAAAAAAUGGGAAAUUGGAAUUUAAAAAUUGGGAAAUGAAAUAAUUGAAGAAAUUAACAAAAUUUAAGGAACUAAAGGGAAUUAAUAAAUUAAAAACUUGAAACAUAUAUUUUAAAAUACAUAAAUUAAAGAAUGAAAAAGAAAUUGGAAAUGGAAGAAUUUAAAAAAAAUGGAAAUUGGAGAAAUCGGAUAAAUUUAAGUAAUUAGAAAAAUUGGAAAAAAUAAAGAAUUGGAGAAAUUAAUAAAAACUGAAAAAAAAUUGGGAAUGGGAAUUCAAAUUCAAAAAACUCAGGAUUAAAAAAGGAUAAAAAAUUUAUGAAGUCAGAAUAAUUUUUUUUUGUUUAAGAACUAAAGAAAUUGAAGAAGUUGUAGAAAUUGAAAAGUUGAAAAAAAUGUAAACAUUGAUACAACGAUAAAGUUAAAGAAAUCUAAAAUAUCUUAAAAAAUAAACUGAAAAAUUAAAUAAACUGAGGAAAUAAUAGAAAUUAGAAAUUGGCGAAAUUGAAAAAAAUAAAUAAAAAAUUAUUUAAAAAUUGUGAAAAUUAAAAAAAAAAUGCAUUUUCAUAAAUUGAAACUGAAGAAAUAAAAAUUAAAAAAUGAGAAAUAGGAAAAUUGAAUAAAUUAAGAGUUUAAAAAACCGAAAGUUAGAAAAUAAAACAAAAUAUGAAAACAUUGAACAACACCAAAAUUGAGCGGAAUGAAACCUUUUUUUAAAUUUAUUUCUAUUCAGUUCCAUAAAAUAUAAAAUUAAAUUUUUUUUAUUGCUGGAUAUAAGUCAACAUACAAGACAAUUCGGAUAAAUGUUACAUUCGGGUAAAUAUUAACGAAUCUGACAAAAUCGUAUGACUGCAAGGCAAAAUCAAAAUUCAACUUCUCCUGCAGAUGAAGUCGUUCCGGCGAAAUCGGAAUGGUGACCAUUCACGUGAUAUAGAAGCUGUAUGCAGGCACGAAACAUUCAUUUUUUAGAAUUUCUCAACAACGAAUGAGGACGCGUGGGUGUGAGAUAGAGGAGCUUGAGAGAGAGAGAGAGAGAGAGUGUGUGCGCGAGGCAGUACAAACAUCAAAAACAAAAACGACAGCCGUCUGUUGAAGUUUUAGAAUGGUAGACAAAUAGCAAAUAGUAGUACAAUAUUUUUAUUCCCAACUAGUUUUUUCACUGUUCGUCCCUCCCCAGAAGUGAGACACAGCCCUUUAGAAGGGCGUCGAUGUUGUGCUAGUUUUUAUUAGGUGAGAGUGUGCCAUAACCGAUAUCAGCACCGAUAGUUUUCCGUUUAGAUAAGAGCGCGAUUUGCACCUUUGCUCACCGAGAUUGGCUUUCGAAUACACUUUGAUUUUAUAGCAAAGACGGAAGCCAUUAAAUUUUAAAACAAGCAAUAAAUGGUCGAUUAUGAAUCAGUUAUGUAAAUUAAUUGGAACAGUUUUUUUUUCGUGGUGUCGAGGGUGAAAGAAUGAGCUCGAGAGUACAACGCCAAAUGCGUGGCUGAAUUCAAAAAAAAUAAAAGUAAAACAACUUGCACGUCACUAUAAAGACAGAAGACAACAAAGCGCGCGUUGGAGCAAAAGAAUAUCGUAGCAGGAAGUAAAUCUAGUGAGCUGUGCAAACUGUGUUAUUUACAUUACAGAGAACCGUUUGCAGGUUUUUUGUUUCGAUUUCUGUGUGUACGAAAGGAUGUGUGCGCGUGGGCGUGAAUAGGUGUGAGGCGUUUGUGUAUGUGUAAAUGUCGAUAAUAAAUUGAAAUAUUUACUGUGAUAUUAAUCUUUACUUCAAAUAUUGACAUUCGUAUCAAAGAAAACAAAGAAAAGUUAAUAAUAAACGGAGGUAAUUAAAACUCAUCUAAACUCAUAUAAUACAUAUGAAAGAUAACGAAGCUAUGAAGGGCGUUAAUUAGUGACAGUAAAGUCUAGAUACAUUAACCGUAACAGUUAAGCAUUGGACUCUUUUUGAAAUUAAGCAAAAACCGUGGUAGAUAAAGGGUAACUAAUCUUAACAAUAAUUAUUCCUCACAAAACGCUACUGCGAGUCCACUUGGAAGUUGCCCGUCCCCAAACGUUAAGCGACGGAGCGUAGAAAGAGUCGAUUGGUUUCGUGAAAUGCGAACACAACACCCGGUUGGCUUUCUCCCCUUCCAAGACCCGGAUGAACAGUUGCGGUUAUUCACACUCCCAUUCGAAAGCAUUGAUAUAAACUAUCUAGAAAUACUCCGUUGAAUGAACGAUUACAAACCAUAAAGUUGUAUCUUUUUGCAAAUAAUGCAUCAUUACACAAUAAUUUAACCAAAUCGAUAAAUGAUAUGGGGUGAAAUGUAAACAUUUGAAGGGAAACCCGAAUCACUUCUAAUUUUCCUUUUCUUAUUUCUGACACUCAUACCUAGAAUCAAAAACACUGUUCAAACGCUCUCGUUUUAAUUGGAUUCCACCUCAAAGAUGGAAGACCAGUUGGGCGCAGAGCAAGAGGCUCAGUUCAGCAAUUCUAUUCAUCUGGUCUUUUUUGUUUACGGUCAAAGAAAUUAAGAAAAGAAAAAUUUUGAGUGGCUUAAUCAUAAAAAAAUCUAAAAGAUAGAGCCCUAUUACGGAUGUCGAGUCUAACGGGUCACUUCGUUCGUUUUUUUAAUUUGUUAUCACAAAAGCCGAAUUCGAAAAGAUAAUGUUCUGUCAUCUUGGGCGAAUCGCUCAACUCGAAAUACAGAAUAGGAGCCGCAAUCUGAACUAGAUGCAUCCCAUCUGGAACAUCUAGUCUAAUUGUAACAGAUUCAUUUAGAUGAAGUGAAGACUAUUGGAAACGAUAAUAAAAUAAGCAAGUAAUAAAUCUCGUCGGCGACUAAAAGUGGAUUUACAAAUGUGGUUGCGAUUAGAAUGGACUUAUGUUGUGCUCAAGAUCGGAGAAUUUGUUUUUGUGAGAUGAUAAAAAUGCGAACACAAAACUACUGAAUACAGCGGCCAGUUUCCCUGGGAAAAGGAGCUAAAAUAAUAUUUAGCUGACAUAUGUGACUUGAUUAAAAACUGACAAAAUAAAAAAUUUCACAACAGAAAAUUUCUUCAACAGAUACGUCAGAAAACGGCAUUUUAACGAACAGUCUGGACAAAACAAAUUACGCUUCUCGAAUUGUUUCAAGCAUUUCAGAUGUUCUCAAAAUUUGUCAGAGAAACUUGUCAAAUGGUUUCGAACAACGGAAUAGCACAUAGUUGUAUAUCUGUCCGAUUCAUGGUCACUGGCAUUUCCUCGAUAAUGGGAUGUGAAUGAGAGAUACCACACGGUGCGGUUUCAGAGCAGCUCCGGUUUUAUAAACGUACGAGGGCAGUCCGAUAAGUACUUAGCCUACAAAAAAAAAACAAAAAUUUUGGAAAAGUGGCGAUUUAUUUCUCAACAUAGUCUCCUUUUAGCUCGAUACACUUGACCCAGCGAUGCUCCAACUUCUUUAAUCUAUCAGAAAAAUACGUUUUCUCGAGGUCUGCAAAGUAGGCCUCCGUGGCGGUGAUGUUCUCCUCAUUCGACUCAAAUUUCUGUCCGACGAGUGACUUUUUCAAGUUUGGAAACAAAAACAAAAGUCGCACGGGACCGAAUUUGGAGAAUACGGUGGAUGGGGCAGCAGUUCGUAGUGCGAUUCGACCAAGUUGGCCGUGGCGACGAGUUGGCCGUUUUUCCAUUUUUCUAAAAUCCGCGGACCCGCCCGCUUCCACACACGGUCAACACAAACCUACGAGUCCGAUUCGGCUGAAAUUUUGUCAGUAGCCGUUUACGAGAACGAUAGGCACGUUAUCCGUCUGUUCUUUGAUGAGUUCAAUGUGUUGCUGUUUCCGGGAGGAGAAAGGUGACGCUACGGGUGGCGAAUUCAGGAAGGUUGUGUGGAUCAAGUAACACUUUGCAGAGAUACUCAGCUAUCUUUGGAUGUACUAGGCCAUGAGGGCCAUAAUUUGGGUCCCAAACUCGUUAGUGUAAUCUCUAUCAGAUUAGAAGACACGAAGCCGGUUUUUUAAUUUUAAUAUUUGAAUGAAAAUUUUUACAUCAUGUUAUUUAAUUAAUUGAAGCACGUAUUUCUGACUUCCAUUCAACCAUAAAGCCUGUCCACGUUAAAUUUCGGACACCAAGAUGAUGCCAGUAAAACGAAAAUUCACGUAAUACAACAAAACCGAUUGUUUUCAGUAAAAUAGACUAUAAUAAUAGUAAAAUAGAUAUCUAGAACAAGGAAAGCUUACUUCCAUGUUAAUUUCGUUAUCUGUAAAAUUCACGAACUUUCUUGUGAACAUCUGCCAUUAGGUUCCAGUAUCCUCAGAUAUGCUGGCGGCGGCGCUUUUCCAUCUCAUCUUGAAAUCAUUAAUGCCAUUCGCUUUCUUCUUAGUUUCGAAUAGUUUUCGCUUCAUCAGAGCCCAUUACUUUUCCACUGGGCGAAGUUCUGGACAGUUCGGUGGAUUUGCUGUUUUUGGCACAUAUUUGACCUCAUGUGCCUUAUACCAUUCUAGGAUGGAUUUUGCAUAGUAACAAGAGGCCAAAUCUGGCCAAAACGACGCUGGAGAGUCGUGGCUUCUUAUGAAUGGUAGCAACCGCUUUUGGAGAUAUUCCUUCUCGUAGACAUCUUCGUUGAUAGUGCCGGUAGAGACGAAAGAUUUAGAUUUUCGGCCACGACUGCAUAUGGCCUGCCAAACCAAGUACUUUUUGGGGAAUUUAGACUGCUUCUUGGUCCGGGAACACUCGGCUACGGCAUUCCUUCGCAUUGCAGUAUAAAAAGCGAGAUCCGGAAGCUGUUUGAAGUCUUCGAGAACAUUAGUUUCAUCUUCCAUUAUGGUGCAUGAACAUUUCUGCAAAAACUGGGUGUAGAGCACCUUAGCACGGCUUUUUGCAGUGAAAUUUUGCUUAUCAUCACGAUUGGGCACAUUUUUCACGUUGUACGCCUCCAGUCCAUGCCUCUGUUUCACUUUUUGUACAUAUGAUUUUGAUUUUCCAACCAUUCGAGCCACAUUUCUAACUGAAAGGUUGGGAUGUUUCUCAAUAAUGGCAACCACCUUUCGGUCUAUCUGUCGGGAACAUACUUUUCGAUUUGUUCCGCUUCCAACCUUCCGAUCUACAGUUAAGCGCUGGUCAAACGAUUUGCACACACUCAACACGGUACUCUUCGGCAGUUUUAGCAAUUUUGACGAGAUCGCAUACCGACAGUUUUGGAUUUUGCUGCCGUUCGCGCAAAAUGCGUAUGCGUACUUCCACUUGAUUCGACGGCAUUUUACCAAACUAAAGAAGAAUGUAAACAUGUUGGACAUCGAAAUAAAGAGGAGGGUUUCAGUGAAAUAUUUCAUAAACUACACUGAAAGGAAAGUGUCCGCAAUUUACUUGGACAGGCUUUGUUAAUUGCGUGAAGGACCUAGUCAUGACUCCAAUUAAACCUACUUUUUAUAAGUUUUCCGAUAAUCGCACUAAAAUUAUAGUUCUUUAAUUUAUCUUUAGACACAAUGCUCGUAUAACAUUUUUUUCACCAGUUGCAGAAAAAAGUGAUUUUCAUAUACAGGGUAUACUAAUUUGAUUCGUUAAAAUCGAUCAUCAUUUCAAGUGUGUUCAUUUCACCUGAAAAUCCAUUAUUGUCAUUGUCGCUUUCCGAAUUCGGAGUACGAAGCUCAAUGUCAUCAACGCGAAUUAUCAUCACACUUGAGAAAUGAUGUGCAAUUGAUUUGAUGGAUGAAAUCUUCAAAUAUUAACCGAUACAAAAAGUUUCAUGAACAAAAAUAAGAGUAUUUGUUCAGCUAACCAAGUAUAUGAAAUAGAUUUGAAAUAGAGGGAAAAAAAACAUUAUUUUGAGCGUCUUCAGCAGCACCGCAGAAAAUUACAUUUUUCAUCGAAACAGCCGUGCCUCAAUGCCUCCAUCAUAACAAAAAUGUGGAAUGAAAAAGCUAACCGGACCCAUUUGAAAGUACACCAGUUACUAAACAGCGCUGACCAAUUUACGGUGAAGCUCAGGGGUCUCUUUCCAAGAGCCAUCAUCCUUUUUGAUUGAUUGUCUUGAAUACCGCCUGGACAGAAAUUACAAAAAAAUACUGCCUACUCACCGUGUAAAUAAACGGUGUGAUAUCAAGACACAUUUUCUAGUGGUUCCCAGAUAUGACAGUAAUCGAGAUUACUUACGGUAAUCUUAUAAAAUAUCUAUUAAUGUGUGUACUUCAUUAUGUCCAGCAUUCUAGUUUCGACGAUUUAUUCUAAUAGAGGAAGAGUGCAGACACAAUCAAAUCGGACAACAUCAGCAACGCAUUGAGCAACAUUGAAUAUAUUUCAAACCCGGUUUGAGGUGAAGACAUUGGUCCAUUCUAAGUGCGACACAGAAGUAAUUAUCUCAAGAGAGCCCGACAUACAUGUUAUCAUCAGAAACCUUAACAGUUCUGUCGAACAGAUCUGAAAUAAGAGUGAGCCAAGCGGCAGUAGAAGAUAAUGGAAUGUGUGAAGCUACACAUACAAAAAUUAUAACGAAAACGGUUUUGAAAUAUUUCCUUAGCACUAAAAUUGAUCUAAUAAAUAAAACAACAAAAAAAAAACAAAAUAAAUAAAUUUUCUAGAAAACAAAUUAGGAUAGAAAAAGAAACUAUACUCUACCAUAAGACUUCCAGGUAAAAUGCUAUCGUGGUGUGCGACUUAACUGAGCAAACAUUGAAAACGACUCGAAGUGCGAUAGAUUAGCAACGGAUACGAAGAGGUGUAAAACCUACAUUAUGUAUAUCAAAUAUAUCUUCUGAGGAAUAAAUGAAACAUGAAGACAAGAGUUUAAUUUUCCAUUAUAGCAAACUUUAGCGGUUUCGAUUUCACCAGCGUAGCGUUUUGCUCUUUCCAUUUCUGAAUAUUUAUCUUGAAUAUGAAAACAAAUAUAUUAUUAGCGAUCGAAAAAAAUACACCUUUAGCGGAUGAGUUUUUGUAGAAAGUUUGCUAUCAGAUCAAUUUUCAUCGAUCACACUUUUUUGAUAACCUAGAAGUUGAUUUUAGAGCAUUGCAAAUAUUUGAGGAAGGAAAAGUAACCUUGUUUCGCCGUAUAGACAGUAACCAAAAAUCUUUCACACAAGCAAAAAUGUCAAUUCAUAGAAAGAGAGAGGAGCCCUGUGUUUUAAAAACAUUGCAUACAAUGAGAAAUAAGGAUCGUUUUCAUAUUAGAAAAGCAUUGCAUCGAAGCAGAUCUAAUAGGCAAACAACAAUGAGCCAAUAUCCCAGCAUUGGAUCAGCAUUUUCCUUUUACCGAUUCAAUACAACACACAUACACAAAUUAACCGUUACAAACCCGUUCAACAUAAACUAGAAUAGCCUUUUUGCAAUUGGAUACAUAGCUGAGCAAGGUAAUCGAUCUCAUGAGAGAGAGAGAGAGGGAAGGAGGGUAAGAAACAGAUUCCUAGCCACAAUUCUAAAUAUUACAUUUUACCCCUUCUUCACAUCUGAACAACCAUCAGAGAAAAAACACACUGGGAGUGAAGAUUGGAUUCAUCACACAAGUGUAACUGAAACGCGAAAUUGUUUAAAAUCAAACCAUAAUCAAAUAAUCACAUAACCACAGCAACGGAUGAGCAAUGUUAGGAAGAAGGAAAGGAAGGAAGGAUAAAAACCCAGCAAAAACGGAACGACACAACACAAAAUAAAAGAUAAUAAUUGCGAGUGAAAUAUUUUCAAUAGGAUUGCAAUUAAACGAUGCAUAAUAAACAGAAAAACAAAUAAAAAAAAACUCUUGUUGGAACCCUAUACUGCAUUCAGUAGUAACGAGAAACUGUGAGUCUAAUAAAACAUGAAACAAACGAAUAAGAAUUCAUCUAAACACUCUC